CUACCAUUUCUCCCUCAGCACAGUGAGUGUGGUCAGUUUGCCGAAGGAAUCGGAGCUCAUUAUGGCAUGGUGCACCUUUAUCUGACCAAAACAAUUCAGUGAUAAUCAAAUCGAUAACACGACACGCAAGACAUGUAUGUAUGCAGCCUGUACAUACCCUUUUCAAUGGCUUUUGGAGCGCGUCCGGCCCCGAUGCGACGACAUCAGGGGGCAUUGUGGCCCAGCUGAUGUUCACACUCGGGUCGCUCAGCAGCACCCACAACACAGUGGACCGAAAGCGGCCGUGCGGGAGAGCCAGCAUGAGGUCGCGGACAUGUUGCCAGAAGUGGAGUGAGCGGCUGUUGCACCUCAUGGCGAAGAAGCCCGUGUUGAUCGGCCCGCCCCCGCCCGCUUGGAAACAUAUGUCGUUGCUGCUGAGGCAGGCGGACACCGCCUUAGCCCAGCCUGGGAAAAACUGCAUGUCAGUGCAUGACAUGAAUGCGGAGGAGACAUAAUAGACAGCCAGCGGAAACCAGCACCGACCCAAGAGGUCCUUACUCACUCAGUCCCUCACCUGCAGGUCGAUGUCGCUACAGACGACGGCGACGUCUGACUCACUCUCCUCCUCCCCAGCCAUCAUGUUGUCUCGCACCACGUCGACCCAGUACUGCGCUUGCUGGUGAAUGGCGUUGUACCACCCCGGCGACCGGUAUGUGGCUGCACCACUGUUGUCGAUCAGCUUGGCGUGCACGGGCCGAGACACAUUGCUGCCUUUCGGCAUGAUGGAAGACACAAAACCUGAAAAACAGGAGAGAGAGGACAGGUCAGUGGAUGGCGUCGUUGUGCAUGUCUCAACUGUCGUGCUUCCCUUACGCACUUGUCCGGACGAACUGUUGAAACACUUGGCCAAACCUGCAGCCAGCCGGCACACAGUAAAUGAAUGGCAUGGAUCGGACACGUGAGCCGUGUGUCUGUCCAUUCUAUCUAUUCACUUACUUUGUGUCGUUCUGCAGCGAGAAGACGCUGUACACAGCACGGAUGGGUGGCGGCGUGUCUCGCUGCAGAACGACGGGAGACACGGCCUUCAUCCGGAAGUCCUCAACCCUCAUCCCAGGCCUCUCCCAGCCUCCUUUGGCCACCAGAGCAUGGGAUGCGCCACGUCGCAACAGCCAGCAUGCAUCGUCUCUCAGCUUCCGCACAUUUGCCGUCUUGUCGAGGGACCCCAGCAUCAACUCAUUCAUGUGGUGACGGAGAUACCAAGUGGGAUAGAACUGACUCUCGACACUUACGCACUCCUACUGGACCAACACGCUCAGAGCCCCCCGUACCGUACCAAUGUCUCGUUGUUGUCUAUGUGUGUGCAGUGUACAGUACACUGACUGACCUUUGAGCCUGAGAUAGCCUCCACAACACGAAAACUCGCCUGAACACGGAAGUCCCUCGGGAACUGCCGCCGCACAGCCGCCUUGUCGUAGAAGCCGAGGCGAACCAGAUUGCCCCUCACUGGUCCAUAGAGGAAGAAGCCGGGGUAGAGAACAGACUCGAAGGACACAUAGCCCGGCACACCGCUGAGCGCCUCCCUCUGGUGGAAGGAGCAGUGGAUGGACUGCUGCAGCAGCUGGUCACCGAGCAGUGGAUGCACGCUGCUGUGUUUGUCCAGGAGGGGUCUGAGGAGUUGCGAGUCGACGAGGAGGACGAAGUCGCUGAGCCUCGGGCUGAAAUGGAAGAGGCAGUGAGCCCUGUCCGACUCGCGCGACCUGCGUCAACACAUUCAUCACCACAACAUGCACACAGACCGCUCGCCCGCCCGCCCGUGAUAGAGUGACGGAUGAAGGAUGAACCGUGACACCCGUCUUCGGUUGCGGAUAGAGCAAGGCUCACCGUGACGGGCCCACGUAGUUGCCGGCCGGCUGGAAGGUCACCCACCCAUCUGCGCCAUCGAUUGCGGCGGGGUGGGUAUUGACAUUGUCCCCUGCAGUGCCAGCCAUCGAGCCGGUCGCGUUAGGGGGUGUUGAGGAAGAGGCCUCAUUGUCAGGGUGCGGAUCUGAUUCCAGCAGGAACCUCUGGAGAAACAGCCGGAGAAGCAUUAUGUUGCCGACCACGACCAGGCUUGUCAGCGAGAGCAGGAAACCUGCAACAAGAGCCCGAAUCUUGCGCUGCUCCAUUCUCUUCUUUUUGAGACUGAGUGAAUUAAGCUCGGUGAGACGCCCCACUUAGCCCCCCUCUAAAUCGAGAAGCAUGUCACUUGGCCCAGUAAUAUUUCCCGACCAUACCCUGCGGCACUGUCAGGAUGCUGCCGCCCUUGCUGUCUGUGUCAGCCCCCUUUCUCCCCAGCAGCCCCCUCAUCUCCUCACGCACCGCCCCCGUCACACCAGGCACGACACAGCCAAUCAUCGCCCCCCUCUCUGGCGGCCUCGCACAGGCGGACCAAUGCUGGCCGGUGCGUGGCAUGUACUUGAACACUUCCUCCGACCAGACGGGAUUGCUCCAGAACUGCUGCUUGACGUCCUGGGCGAAGCGAACGGGCCUGCCUUUCUGCGCGGCCUUGCGGUAGUGCGUCAUCAGGUGCCUUGAACGGAUGUGCGCACACAGAUACACCGACAGGGCGCCGGCAUAGUGAUCGCUGAUGCACACAUGCACAGGGACGGAGGGAGGGAGAGAGACAGGGAGAGAGAGGCGAUGCGCAUCGAAACAGGCGGCAGACUUGGUUAUCAUUGGUGCAGGGCUUACUGGAGUCCGAUGAUCUGGAAGAAGUUGUGAGUCCCGAUGUGCCACUUGUCGGGAAGCCGGGCGGGGCAGCAUUGCUGGAACACGCUGCGGACGCGGCGGAUGAACUCAUCCUCGCUGCACCUGCACACAGUACAGUGCGCACCACAACACCUCUCGCACGUAUGCAUGCGCCCGUAAGCAGCCCUAUCUACUGUCGGUCGUCAGUAGAUACCUACUUACUUGUCGGGGUCCAUGUCUGGUCCGUGGAUGUAGUGGUCGACGAUAGAGUACUGCAGGAUGGACAGCCGCUCAUGGACGCUGUACGGCACACGCCUACACCCAUAUUGACACACACCAACAUAGAGAGCCAUCAAUCACCAUGAUGCUUACGGUGCGUUGGGUGGCUGGCUGGCUCCAUGUACCUACCUGACCAGGUCUUCAGUCAUCCUGGCGCCUGUCUCGAGGUGCUGCGCCAGCUCGUCUAACACGCGAGGCUCGCGGACCAAAUGCCUGCGCACACACACACACACACACACGGUUGAUCGUCCUCUGUGCUACCUACGUCCGUGUGACCCUUCCCUCACUCUUGCAUGACGGCAGCAGUUUCGAUGAGGUCCAGCGGGACAACUUGGGGCGCACGAAGCACACUAAGGAUGCCAGCAACAUCACCCUGAUAGACACAGCACGGCACAGGCAGACAUGAAACCACACAGUCCGUCCGUCCGUCCGUCGGUCACCUCGUCGGCCCCGAGGGCAUCGAAUGGACGUCCAUUUAAGGGCGUGUGGGGCAUGACAGCGGGUUGCUGCCCCUGCCUGAGCCUUUGCUGCAUGGCCUUCAUCAGAAACAGGAAGUGCAGACAGUGGCCGAACUCAUGCGCCACCUUAUCCGAUACCUGCAUCCACGGGACACACCAACACAACACACCAACACAGGGAUGCGCACAUGGAUGGUGACACCGGUUGCCUGCCCAUUCUGUCUGUUGCUGACUGACUGACCGACCGCAUGGAAGGGCACUGGCAUGGACAUAGGUCCCGGCUCGACAGGCGUCUCCACCAUGAGCCUCACAUGCCCCAGCCCCACCACGUGGCACCCCGCCCCGCCACUCCGCUCAUCGGCCAUGAUAUCCACAUACACGUAGCCCAAGUGGGGGUCGUCAUCACUGCCACCUCGGCGGUCCCGGUCCUUCACCGCGUAGAUGGCCACCUGCUGCGGCCAGCCGUAGUUGUGCCUCGCUGCCGGCACGCGCUCGAUGUCGACCUGAUAGACGGACUCAAAGAUGGCGCGGAGGCGGUCGAAGUAGGUGUCGUGGGCGAAGUACUGUGCCAGCUCGUGAGUGGUGUCUAGGUGAGAAUCCUGAUAUCAGUGAAGAGAGAGGAAGGAAGGACGCGAUCGAGUGAGUGUUGUUGGUGUCGAUCCUCCCCCGCCCAGCCCAGCCCAGCCCACCUUUGCAGCGAAGUGAAUCCAAUCGUGGAGUUCCAUCCGCUGCCCCUUGUCCCCCUUCCCCUUCCCCUUCCCCCCGCCUGCACCGAGCUCUCGCCUUGCCCUCUCCUCCACCGCCUUGACAUGCGGCUGCGCGGCUCUCCACAGCUCCUGAUGCAGCGCGCCAAUGCUCUCAGGGGUCUCCACCGUCAGCUUUGCCAGGCUGUAGUCGCGCCAACAAGAGAAUCCCAACUCUUUUGCCAUGGCUCUGCGGCUCCUGAGGACUGCCAGAGUGGCCGCCGCCUCUUCCUUCGGGUCAACCAUCUCCAGCAUGGCAGUCAGGAGCUUGGCGCGGGUCUCACUGUCACUCACAUGCGCCAGGUGGAACUCGAUCUCUUGCCGGGCCACUGGCGCCCUCAACACGUCGGGGUUCCUCACUGAGACGUAAGAGGCCUUCCAGGCAUCAUCGGCAACAUAGUGCGCUGCAGGAAUGUCCACCGCCGCGUUGCCGCAGGCUUUCCUCUCCUGAGCCGCGAGCAUCGCCGCCGCCUCAUUAUGGACGGACAAGAGAGCCGCGGUGCCCUUGUUGCCCACAGAGAGGAACAAAGCCUCGUUAGCCGUCACAGAGGGGCACCGACUGAUGGCCCUCAUCACUUCCGCCCUUCUGUCUUUCUCUUGGUUCCGCGAUUGCUCGCUGUCCUUCGAAUGGUCCGUGUGGAUGGCCUCGACCGAGUCAUGGACGAGGCAUUCGCACCAGCCAGCCGCUCUAGAGUAGAAACGGCGGCGCAUCGAAGAGCUCGUCAUGAUAUCCAAGCUCUCGAGCGCCGACCACAGGACCGCUGCACGGUUGCACGCACUCUGCAGCCCCGGCAACGUCGACGGGCUCUGCAGGUACCGGCUGACUAGACGCGCAACAUGCCUCUCCUCCCCAGUCGCUUUGUCCUCGGUCAGCUCGCCUUUCGCCUUCAUCGCCACCGCUGCCGAGUGCGUGUCGACCAGCCGCGUGAAGCGCCUCAUCAGAUCUCUGCGUGCGGCGUUGCACGCCCACCGAGAGAACGCCAUCAGGCUGAGCGGCCCCGAAGGAAGGAUGCCCUUGACCUGCUCGUCCACGAACCGUUGCACUGCGUUGUCUCUCCUCAGCCAUCCGGAUGUGGCAUUCCAUUGGCCGAUGAGCCAUUGCUGCCUCCGGUAUGUCCAGCCGGUGACUCGCCGUCGGAACAGGUUCAAGUACAGACAGGUGUAGGCGAUGAUCAGGUCCGGGCUCGCCAUCGCUCGUCGCUUCCAAGCUCAAGUGGUUGGAGCGCAGAUCCGUCGUUAUAUCGACUCGAAAAGCACAUUGGUGUCGUCCAAGCAGUCUACAAAGCGUUGGAAAGCCCUUCAAUGAAU